GGACGAUGACUUGGCCUGCCAGGCUCAGCGUGUGGUGGACUCCUGUCAGUGGGGUCACAAUGAUAUCCGGGCGAAAAAAGACGGCAAGAUGCUGAUUGGACAGAACAUUGUAGCUGGUUACAUCGACAAAGAUGUCAAGGAUGUUGACAAGGAGCUGAUGAUCAGGCUGAAUAAGUAUUACUUUGACGAAAUAAAAUACUACACGUAUCCCGAACCGGAUUGUAUGGGGGACCACGAAUGUAAUCACUACAGAGUGAUGAUGAUUGCAGCUAGCACCAAAAUAGGUGGUGCGUGUGGCAUCUGUGAUAAAGUGUGGAGAAAAACCAAGGAAGUGGAAGAUCUAUCCCAGAAGGAUAAGAACGUCGUGUUUUGUGUGAACAACUACGAUAAACCACUAAGCAGCAUCAGUGGUAUAAAGCUGUUCGAGAAGGGACCACCUUGCUCAGCCUGUCCACUCAAUUGGGCCAAAUGUGUGAACAAAUUAUGUGUGGCAUGCAAAGAAGGAGAAGAUGGGUGUAAACAUUUUGACAACUGCAAGGACAUCAGCACCGCCGCAACGUGCAACUAUGUGAAGUCGAAAAAGUUAUGCGAAGGCUAUAAGGGCAACUGCGCUAAAACAUGCGACGCCUGCUGAUUGCUUUUGCCCCGUGACAGUUCGACACCAAACGAUUGCCAACAGUUGGUUUCAUACACAGGCCGGGGAAUCCCGACAGAAUAUUUUGCAAGUCUCUGACGAAUGAUAUCCUAAAAGAAAUGAGUUGUGUUUAUUCCCACUAGCACUUCCAGCCAGUUGUGCAUUUCGUGUCACCUAUAAAGUAAUAAAUCACCUGCCUGGCAAUUUUUGUAAA